GGGGUUUUCUCUGGCCGGGCUCCGCUAACCCUGUUCGGGUCUGUGUAUCUGCGCCUUUGGCCGGGCUGUACCUGGGCGGGGAGGCCGUUGUUCGCUCGCGGGUCCGUGGCACGGUUAUCAGGGCUUGGUUUGGGGACUAGCCUCUUUGACCUCCCUCCCGACUUCUCCGCCUCACAGGUGCCUGGGAGCUACUGCGGUCCCCCGGGGACUCUGCCCGGGGCAACCAGGGGCCCGUUCUCGCUCGAGGCUCGGAUGGGAGGCGGCGGGAGGUACGGCCUGGCAUGUUCAGUCUGAUGGCCAAUUGCUGCAACUGGUUCAAGCGGUGGCGGGAGCCCGUCAGAAAGGUGACUCUUGUGAUGGUGGGACUUGAUAAUGCUGGUAAAACGGCAACGGCAAAGGGAAUCCAAGGAGAGUAUCCUGAAGAUGUAGCUCCUACUGUUGGCUUUUCCAAAAUUGACCUUAGACAAGGAAAGUUUGAAGUCACCAUUUUUGACUUGGGAGGUGGAAAAAGAAUUCGGGGAAUCUGGAAGAAUUACUAUGCUGAGUCCUAUGGGGUAAUAUUUGUUGUGGAUUCCAGUGAUGAAGAGAGAAUGGAAGAGACAAAAGAAACAAUGUCAGAAGUGCUAAGACAUCCUAGGAUAUCGGGAAAGCCUAUACUAGUGUUGGCAAAUAAACAAGAUAAGGAAGGGGCUUUAGGAGAAGCUGAUGUGAUUGAAUGCCUAUCUCUGGAAAAAUUGGUCAAUGAACACAAGUGCCUAUGUCAAAUAGAACCUUGUUCUGCUGUCUUAGGAUAUGGAAAGAAAAUUGACAAGUCCAUUAAAAAAGGCCUUUAUUGGCUGCUACAUAUCAUUGCAAGAGACUUUGAUGCCUUACAUGAACGCAUCCAAAGGGACACAAUGGAACAGCGUGCUCUUGAAGAGCAAGAGAAACGAGAAAGGGCUGAACGAGUGCGAAAAUUACGGGAAGAGAGAGAACAAAGAGAGCGAGAGCAGGCGGAACUGAAUGGAACCAGCAGCCUAGCUGAGUUGGACCCUGAACCAAUUAUCGUUAAUCCUUUCCAGCCAAUAGCAUCUGUCAUCCUUGAGAAUGAAAGAAAACUUGAAAAAGAAAAAAAGAGACAAAAUAUGGAGAAAGACAGUGAUGGCGGCCCCCUGAAUCAUAAAGUGGAGCAUGAGCAAAUAGAGACACAAAGCCAGAUCAGUGACAGUAGCCAAAAAAACCAUGAGCUUGGAAUAGUAGAAAAUUAUAAGGAGGCAUUAACACAGCAGUUGGAGAAUGAAGAUGAGACAGACCAGCGGUCAUCAGAAUCAGAUAACAGUAAAAAGAAAACUAAGAAACUAAGAAUAAAAAGGAGUCACCGUGUAGAGCCUGUUAAUACAGAUGACUCUGCUCCUAAGAGUCCAACACCACCCCCACCGCCUCCUCCUGUUGGCUGGGGAACCCCCAAAGUCACUAGACUUCCAAAACUUGAGCUUCUUGGUGAAACACGUCAUAAUGAUUUCUAUGGAAAGCCACUGCCUCCGCUGGCUGUGCGACAGAGACCUAACAGUGAUGCUCAUGAUGUGAUUUCAUAGCCAAGUCACAUGGAUGCACUAAAUACAGGCAAGAUCAGCUAGAGGACCUUCUUUCUCAAAGAAGAAAAGCCUUAAACAUUCAUUACUAGGGCAAGAUAACCAUGGCAAUUUCAGUAAGGUGUCGAAUAGCCAAAGACCUGACUGAUCUGACAAUUAUCCAUGUUAUUCACGGUUUAAAAAAAAAAAAGAAGCAAAAUGAUCAGUAGAUGGGAUGAGCAUUUGAAUCAAGUUAGCUGGAGUUAUUGUUGACUCUGGAUUUUACAGUCCCACUCAUGGGCAUAUUCCUGAAGGAAAACCUUUUCAGAAAAAGAGCCAAUGGACUCUGUACACUUUCUUAACCAUUUGUUUAAUAGUCUUUGUUACUGUAUCUUACACAUUUUUUGUAAAAUACAUGUGCAUGGAAGGGGAAUCUUGGGAAUUUAUAACCUACGUUUUUAACUUUUUAUAUUUUUCUAAAACUUAUAAGAAUUUUAAUUACUACAAUAUUGACUGCACUUUUCUAUAGAUGCUUUGUUUAAUGGAAAUGGAGUUGAUUUACUUGACAAACAUGAACUAUACAAACAGGACAUAUUUAUAUGGUUUUAGGUAUGUUUUAUAAUGUAUUGUUCUUGAAAUGUACAUCCUAAUUUUACCUAAUUUUAAAAUAAUUAGGGGUGAAUUGUUCUUGAAAUGUACAUCCUAAUUUUACCUAAUUUUAAAAUAAUUAGGUAUUGUUAUUGUUCUUGAAAUGUACAUCCUAAUUUUACCUAAUUUUAAAAUAAUACCUUUUAAAACUAGUUGCUUAGAUCUUUAUUCUUCAAAAUUACGUUAUCUGAAAAUACUACCCAAGCAGGGUUCAUUUUGUUGUUGUUUGCUUUUUUUUUUUUUUUGUGAUGAUUGCAAUAAAUGAAAGAGACUUGAAAUACUUUCUUGAUCUAAAUCCUUUUUAAAUUAAUAAAAAUGUUACGUGAGAUAUUAUUAAAAUUUUCAGUGAACACCUCUUUUAUGGUAUAGACUUUUUCAGAUCAUGGUGCUCGUUGUCACUUCCUCGUUCUGUCAGAAGCUGCAGUGACUCUUUUAUUUUAAUUCUUUUGUGCCUUGAAAAUAAAGGCAAGAAGACUGAAAAAGACACUGUGGGUACAAACACUUGGUUUUAUAACUAGGAAAUGCUUGAGUACUAAGUCAAUAAGAAUAAAAAAGUUGGUUUAAAAUUAUUUUUAUAAAGAGAGAAUUCCAAAAUUAUUUCUCAAUUUAAAAUAAUAGCACUUCCCUUGCACUGAAGAAUGACAUCUAUAGAAUUCUCUAUUUAAGCAAACUUUUAGGAAUAUAUUUUGAGUAUUAGAUCAUAAUUUGCACUUAAUUAAAAGUAUAUACAUUUAUAUCAAGGUGAAAAUGUUAGAAACAACAUGAAUCCUAUCACCUCAUCAAAAUUUUAAGUUUGGUUAACUUGUACUGACAACAAACAAACGCUAGUAUCUAACAAUAACAAGAUUAAGUAUAUCUGAAGCAGUUUAAUAUGAUUAUUUUACUUUGGAGCAUCACAUUUAGUGACAUUUUUUAAGUCCUUGAACUUUCAUUAGUUGGGUCACUUAUUACUCUAGUCAGCAUCAUAAUGCAGUCUUUUGAAGUUUUGUACACCAGGCACACUGAGUAAAAAGCAUUCUGCUUCAGAUAUAAAAUUCAUAACAGCCUAAAUUUGAUAGGUGGCCGAAAUGUAAGCGAAAGCAACACAGGAAGACAGAAUGUAAAUUUUGAACUGGAUUUUAGAGUAAAACUUAUUUUUAUAUCUUUUUGGUUCCUGUUUGUAACAUUUACAUUUAUUCAUUUUUUUAAACACUAAACUUAUACUUUUGUCAUCCUUUUAAUUUUCAUCUAGUUUGAGAGUAAAUGAAAGUUUAAACAUUUUUUGUUUCCUGUAAGUGAUUACUAUAGUGUGCAAUAAUACUGAAUUCAUUUAUUAAAAAUAAAAAUGAUUUUUGAAAUGAAAUAUAUGAUACAGUGA